CCAACCCCUAUGUCCCUUUAAAUCAAACACGUUGACUAACUGAUUUGCUUAUUCCAGUCAUAUUGUUAUCCAUAGUACAUAAAUCAGAGAAUUUUACCAUUUAUGUGACCCUUCAUUCGCAGAUUGAUCAUGUCCUCGUGAUGGAGGCUAUUAGGACGCUUCGAUCUUCUCUCACUCGAGCACUAGAGAACAGCUUCGAUGAGGCUAUCAGAAAUGUGAAAGCCGAGAUUUCCUACCACGAUGCGAAUACACAAUCGGCUGAACAGAGGGCCACGAAUGCGGAGAAAGAACGGAAUAAGGCUAUGGAAGAGUUGGACUCGCUGAAAGGUGCCAUCGCUCUCCUACGGGAAGAGCUACGCCUUACCGACUUUGAGUCCGAAGACGACAAGGUUUCUACGAAGAAGUUUCGGGACUUUGAAGUACGAUAUGCCCCAAACCAGGUCUUACAUCACCUCAGCCAUGCCUCCGGUGGUGACAUCGCAGAUAUCAACCCGUACGCGAUCAAAGCCGUUGCUGAAGCAUAUACGGCUCUAUAUGGGGAGACUCAGGAGCUUGUUAUGGCCUCGUGCGAGCUCAGAAAACAAGUCAAACGAUACAAGGGAAAGUUAAAGUUCUGGCAAAAGUGUCUCGAGCUUGAUAAAUUCACUUUGGUGCUCGAAGGCACAGCAAUGGAGUUCAGAUGCACUGGAAAGAUCUCUAUUGAUACCCAGAGCAAGCCGCCGGCCGCAAACCCAUCCACUUCUGUUCCCGUGUCGGGCUUAAAUGGCCAUGGCAUUGUGGAUGAAACCGCGACCUCUCCACCAGAGGUUUUGGGAAGGAACCAUCAUGAUAAUAGUGAUGCAGGUCAUUGGGGCGCAAAGAACAGAAACUGGAGCAGAUGCGACGGUUCGAUUCGAAUGUCACCAGCGCAGCCAACACUAACACAGUCGGGCCGGUCCGAAAUUGAGAACGUUAUUCCAACUGCCCAGGUUUCUACGUCGGGGAUGAAAGCACCAGAGUCCGAGUCCAUAACAUCGCAAAAUGCCCCGGAAAACUUUAUGAACCAGUGUUCAACCUUGAUCACAGGUGUAAGAAGAGCGGCACUGAAUUCUACCUUGGUUAAAGAUGAAGAUCUGUCUCAAGAACCGUUGCCCAAACUAUCAUCCGCGUUAAGAAUUGUUGGCACCCAAGAUCUAGACGAAGUUGGUAGUACUGUCGAAACCCCCAGAAAGAGGAGGAAAGUUCGAAAUAGUGAAGUACAAGGCGAUGCCUCGAGAACAAGUACCCCAGCAAUCAGUGAAGAUAGUCAAGACGCCGAUCCACCUCCGCCACUAUUUUUCUCCUCUCCAAAACGACCUGUUGUGCUAGAAUUUAGCAAUGCCAACCCUGGAGGUGGAAGACGUGCUCGAUUGCCAGAACAACCUCAAGAAGAAGCUCAAACGCGACCCGCAAGUGCCCACGUAUCUUCAAUCCUAGAAGAUGGCGAUGAGAGCUUCUCAAAUCUACCUUCAAGGAAGUUGCACAGAACAUCUGGGGCAGGAGCUUCAGGUCUCACACUAGCCAGCGAAACUACCACUAAUCAGCGUCUGCAGGGUCUGCUCGAGGGGCAUUCACCUGCUAAAUUGGAAUUGCAAACACUGCUAAGGGACUCGGGCGUUUCAGAAAGGGCUCCCAAGCGUCCUUUCGCAAUGAUGGAAGAAAUACCCACAGUAACUUCCAAUCCUGAUGGGUUUGAAAUAACAGAAAUGCCGCAAAUAGCCCCAAACAAUGGAGCUUCGAGAACCGCAUCCGUUAAUAAUUCCCUGUUGCCUGCAAGGGACACUGCAGUUCACCCCGCAGGAGGUUCUCUAAGAGCACGGCCGGUUCAACAUCUUGACCUCAAAGACUUCAAAAUCAACCCGGACUUUAAUCAAGGUUAUGACUAUGCUUUUCACAGCGUGGCUCACAAGAAGACUGAAGUGAAUUGCGCCAAGGGAUGCCCCCGUUACGAUUGCUGUGGGAAGAAAUUUCUAGGUUUGGCACGAAUGAAUGGCCUUCCAGCAGAUGCAAUGUGCUCCAGUCAGCAGCGCGAAAUGAAUGACCAGAGAAUCCUUGAAGAGUUUCUUGGCGACAAAGAACACCUGAUCAGUGAAGAGGAUCGGAAUCAUCUCUUACAAGAAGUAAAGGCGAGGCUGAUAGCCAAUGAAUUUGGGAAACACAAGCAACAGUAUCAACGUGCCGGGUCCCCGCCCGGGUUUUGGCGUACUGAUAUGCCUAGCACGCAAGAAUUGGAACGCGACCACCAGGAAGCCAAGAGGCUCGAGAAAGACCUGGUGAAGGACAGGUAUAGAGAAGCAACGCGGCCGGGAGGUGUCUGGAAAUUUGCGGAUGAGUGAGCAGGUGUGGUACAUGAUCAUUGUGGAGCCUCCAUACUCAGUCCAUAUACGUACAUAUCAAAUCUAGUAUCUUGGUCAUCGGUG